AUGGCCAAUGCUAUACCAUCGCCCAGCGAAGGAUAUGACGGGAUUGACGAGAUCAUAGCUGCGCCAGGCUUCCGUCUGACUACAUCUUUACGUUGGAGUCCACCGAGGGUCCCGUCGAGAAAGCAAACCCAUACAACCCUGGUGGCAUACCACAGAAAACGUCUUCUGGAGUCCGCUCAGGCUUUCAAUCUCGAUACUAUAACGAAGCUCUUUGCAGAUGAAAGUGGGGAGAGUGUGCUGAAAAAAGCCAUUGAUGCGCACUCCAUGACCCUCAUUGGGCCUGAACAAACAUAUAAGUUCACUUUGUCCGUUUCGAUAUCUGGCUCCAUAAGUAUAACUUCGGCUCCUGCCCCCGGCCCGCUCUACGACUUCAGUCUUCCCGCUGCAAUAUCGAACGCCGGUGCAAACGUUCUGCCGGAUUUGUGUCUGGCUCCAUCGCCGACAACAUCGUCGCUAUUCACGCGUCACAAAUCCAACCACCGGCCAAUGUACGAGACUGCUCGGGCUGCCACGAACAUUCUCCAUGAAGCUCCGACUACCACCGAAGUUCUGUUACAUAACGAGCAACGCCAAAUCACUGAGGCGUCGCUCUCGACAGUCUACUUUCAGCGCCGGGAUGGCUGGGUAACUCCUGCUGCAUCUUGUGGCGGCAACCUCGGCGUGACACGAGCCUUGGCCCUAGACGAAGGCUGGUGUCGAGAAGAUAUCGUUCUUCUGGAAGAUCUUAUUCCUAGUGAGAUCGUUAUCCUCAGUAAUGGAGUUCGAGGCUUCUGGCCCGCACAGCUGAUUCUACCAACCAUUUGA